CUCGGGAGAAGAUUCACGAGGAGAAGGAACGUCUGUCUGCUCAGCUGGAGUUUGUCAAGAAACAGAACACUCAGCUACAGGACGAGAUGGACUCACUGGGCAGGUACGCAUCAGAUUACAUAUUGGUCAUAUGAUCACAGACUGGUCAUAUUAGGUCACGUUCACUGCCAUUUUGGAUCCACCACUUGACUACAACUGGUUUCUGUAGGCAAUCUCUGAGCGAUAUGCGGAGGAGACACAUGCCACGUGGAGGCAAUCCACAUGAGGGCGCUGGUCCACAAAACAUGCAGGGAGCCAGAGGUACAGGACUGGACAUUGCUAUAAGUCAUUCACCUUGCUGAGAGAGAAGGGCUCAAGCCAGGGCACAUCAUACUGUUUUCUGCCAAUGAAAUGUUAUCUCAUAUUUAUUUUAUUAAGAAAACACUCUGCUCCUCCCCAUCCCAUCUCACAUUUAUUUACAACAAUGAUAAAUCAUGCAAUUAUGCUGUACAUAAGGCAAUACCAUUAUCAUACCACUGUGUCUGAUAGGUGGUGAUGCCGGGGACUGGCAGCAGCAGGGGAAUAUACCGGAGCACGUCUGCCCCAAGUGUAAUGAGAUCCUACCAGACCUGGACAGCCUACAGAUUCACAUCAUGGACUGCAUCAUC